AGGAAAACCAGGAUCAGGGCCCUUAGCUGAGGCAACUUGUUAGCUUCUGCAGCCGGCAGACGCCAUGCCUUGGGACUGGGGAAGCUGGUGGGGCUACGACAGGGGCUACGACAGGGGCUACGACCGGGGCUACGACAGGAACUGGGGCCACUGGGAGCACUGGAACGGAGAGUGGUGGUGGAAGGAUGACCGCUGGCGCCAGAGGGCGAACGAGUCCUGGGCGAACGAGUCCUGGGCCAACGAGUCCUGGGCCAACGACAGGUUUCACCCUGCGCCCUCAACUCGCACAAGGCGCGUCCGCAGCCUGGGCCGCAGGCGCGACUCUGACUGCGGGAAGCUCAUCGAGGUGCUCCAUGCCCUAGCCCGUCGCGAGCUCGAGCCGAAGCUGCCGGAGAAGGCGGAGGUUUUGCCUCCGAAGCCGCAGACACUGGAGCGCCGCCGGAGCCGCCCGGAGCCGGAGCCGGAGGACAUCGAGGAGCUGCCGCCAUGCAGCGACUCCUGGGACUGGCCGCUGUCGAAGCCGGAGCGCUGGGCGCGGCUGCGCUGCGCGGAGCGGAAGCUGCAAGAGAUCAGCCGCCAGGAAAGGGAAGGCGCCUGUUGACAGCCUCGCUCGCUCGCUGAGGGCGCUUGGGGGAAGCUUGCCUCUUCAGAAGUAAUCAAGCGUCGUUUUGCAACGGUAUCACAGCUCCGGGCUGAUCACCCGU